CUAGGUUGCAUGGUUGGACCCUGGAAAUGGGAUGCCAGCCCCAUUCGGGGAGCAUAAAGAAAGAAAGAAAAUCUCCUAGCUGGUGUUGCUGCGACAGCGAGUGAGAGCCAGAGGCAGGAAGAUGUCGACAGUCACCUCAGCCAUCCAGGCUCCUCAGGGCCCCGUGAAUCCCCCGCCGCCGGAGGUCACUAACCCAAAUAAGCCUGGCCGGAAAACCAACCAACUGCAAUAUAUGCAAAAUGUUGUGGUAAAGACCUUGUGGAAGCAUCAGUUUGCUUGGCCUUUCUACCAACCGGUUGAUGCAAUUAAAUUGAAUUUACCAGAUUAUCACAAAAUAAUAAAAAACCCCAUGGACAUGGGGACGAUCAAGAAGCGCCUGGAACAUAACUAUUAUUGGAGUGCCAGUGAAUGUAUGCAGGAUUUCAACACCAUGUUUACAAAUUGUUACAUUUACAACAAGCCCACAGAUGACAUCGUCCUCAUGGCCCAAGCCCUGGAGAAGAUAUUCCUGCAGAAGGUUGCCCAGAUGCCUCAGGAAGAAGUCGAAUUAUUACCCCCAGUUCCUAAAGGCAAAGGCCGCAAGCCGUCGGCGGGCACGCAGAGUGCAGGAACCCAGCAAGCAGUGGCCGUGUCUUCCGUCUCCCCGCCGGCCCCGUUCCAGAGCGUCCCUCCAGCCGUGUCUCAGACGCCCGUCAUUGCUGCCACCCCUGUGCCAACCAUCACUGCUAAUGUCCCGCCUGUCACUGCCCCUCCUGCCGCUGCUCCCCCUCCGCCUGCUGCUCCGAUCAUGCCGGUGGUUCCUCCUACGCCACCGGUAGUCAAGAAGAAGGGAGUGAAGCGGAAAGCGGACACCACCACCCCCACCACCUCGGCCAUCACCGCCAGCCGCAGCGAGUCACCCACUCCCCUCUCGGACCCCAAACAGGCCAAAAUCAUCGCGCGCCGCGAGAGCGGCGGCCGGCCCAUCAAGCCACCAAAGAAAGACCUUGAAGACGGAGAGGUCCCCCAGCACGCCGGGAAGAAGGGCAAACUCUCCGAGCACCUCAAGUACUGUGACAGCAUCCUCAAGGAGAUGCUCUCCAAGAAGCACGCGGCCUACGCGUGGCCCUUUUACAAGCCCGUGGACGCAGAGGCCUUGGAACUACAUGACUAUCAUGACAUUAUCAAACACCCCAUGGAUCUCAGUACUGUGAAAAAAAAAAUGGACAGUCGAGAAUACCAGGACGCGCAAGGGUUCGCGGCAGAUAUUCGGUUAAUGUUCUCUAACUGUUACAAGUACAAUCCUCCAGACCACGAAGUGGUAGCCAUGGCCAGGAAGCUCCAGGACGUCUUCGAGAUGAGGUUUGCAAAGAUGCCCGAUGAGCCCGCCGAGGCGCCGCCUGCACCUCCGCCAGCAGCAGCCGUGGUGAGCAAGAGCACAGAGAGCAGCCACAGCAGUGAGGAGAGCUCCUCCGACUCCGACAGCUCCGACUCCGAAGAGGAGCGGGCGACUCGGCUAGCAGAGCUCCAGGAGCAGCUCAAAGCUGUCCACGAGCAGCUAGCUGCAUUGUCACAAGCGCCAGUGAACAAACCAAAGAAGAAAAAAGAGAAGAAAGAGAAAGAGAAGAAAAAGAAAGACAAAGAGAAGGAAAAAGAGAAGCACAAAGUAAAAGCUGAGGAAGAGAAGAAACCCAAGGUGGCUCAGCCACCAAAACAAACCCAGCAGAAGAAAGCCCCAGCUAAAAAAGCAAACAGCACGACCACGGCUAACAGGCAGCCCAAGAAAGGAGGCAAACAAGCGUCUGCAACCUAUGAUUCCGACGAGGAGGAGGAGGGUCUGCCCAUGACCUAUGAUGAGAAACGACAACUCAGCUUGGACAUCAACCGCCUGCCUGGAGAGAAGCUGGGCAGGGUGGUGCACAUCAUCCAGUCGCGGGAGCCUUCCCUCAGGGACUCCAACCCCGACGAGAUAGAAAUAGAUUUUGAAACAUUGAAGCCCACAACUUUACGAGAACUGGAGAGAUACGUGAAAUCUUGUUUACAGAAAAAACAGAGGAAACCAUUUUCUGCGAGUGGAAAAAAGCAAGCAGCAAAGUCUAAAGAAGAGUUAGCUCAGGAAAAGAAGAAAGAACUAGAAAAACGGUUACAGGAUGUCAGCGGGCAACUAAACAACAACAAGAAACCUGCAAAGAAAGAGAAAUCCGGCUCGGCCGCCUCCGGAGGGCCCUCCCGGCUCAGCAGCAGCAGCUCCUCCGAGUCGGGGAGCAGCAGCUCCAGCGGCUCCAGCUCGGACAGCAGCGACUCGGAGUGACUUACGGACACUUACGGACAAACCCCCAAACGGACACCAGCCUCCCCAGCGCGCUGCAGCGUUCCCUUCUCGCGUUAAUACACCGCUCUUGUUCCACGGUGGUCAGGUUUCCUUUUUGGUUUUUUUCUCUCUUCUCACUCUGAUUUCAUUUAUUUUUUUAAUUCAGUGUUA